AGAAAUAAAAAACUUAAAAUAGUAACAAUUAACGAUUUUGCUUUAAACAUACACUCUCUUGUCACUCCACGAGCCCUACGCUUCCCAACCGCCUGCCUUUUUCAGAUUACCUCCGGUUUCUACCACUCUCGCCGUCGCCGUCACCGGUACUCCGAUCACCUCCGCACGAUUCAUUUCCUAUUUGCAUUUUUCACCUCUCUAGCGGAAAGUGAGUCUUCUCGAGAAUGGGAGAUUGAAGAAGUAAGAGAUUCACUGAUUGAGGAAGAGAGAAAGUUAGUUCAGAAAAAUGGCUCCAGUGAGUAAAGCUGAUAAGAAGGCAGCCGUAGAUGCUGCUGCGUGGAUGUUCAAUGUCGUCACUUCUGUUGGUAUCAUCAUUGUUAAUAAAGCUUUAAUGGCGACUUAUGGUUAUAGCUUUGCUACAACGUUAACUGGUUUACAUUUCGCUACAACGACUCUGAUGACGCUUGUUUUAAGAUGUCUUGGUUACAUUCAGCCUUCUCAUCUUCCGUUUACGGAGCUUUUGAGAUUUAUUCUGUUUGCUAAUUUCUCCAUUGUUGGAAUGAAUGUCAGUCUUAUGUGGAACUCUGUUGGUUUUUAUCAGAUUGCUAAGCUCAGCAUGAUUCCUGUAUCUUGUUUGUUGGAAAUGGUUUUCGAUAAGAUUCGUUAUUCCAGAGAUACAAAGCUUAGCAUAGGACUGGUUCUUGUGGGUGUUGGUGUUUGCACUGUUACUGAUGUUAGUGUAAACACUAAAGGAUUUGUAGCCGCUUUCGUUGCUGUGUGGAGUACUGCUCUGCAACAAUACUAUGUACAUUACCUUCAGCGCAAGUACUCGCUUAACUCAUUCAACCUAUUGGGACAUACCGCUCCAGCCCAAGCCGCAACAUUACUGGUAGUUGGCCCGUUUCUUGAUUAUUGGCUGACAGAAAAAAGAGUAGACAUGUACGAUUACAACUUGGUUUCAGUGCUGUUUAUAACCCUGUCGUGCACAAUAGCGAUUGGAACCAACCUAAGCCAGUUCAUCUGCAUCGGAAGAUUCACAGCUGUAUCGUUCCAAGUGCUGGGACACAUGAAGACGAUCCUGGUGCUGAUAAUGGGCUUCUUCUUCUUUGGUAGAGAAGGUCUUAACUUGCACGUGGUUGUUGGAAUGAUAAUUGCAGUACUGGGUAUGAUCUGGUACGGUAAUGCCUCUUCGAAGCCAGGAGGCAAAGAGCGACGAAACUAUUCUCUUCCAACUACCCGUCAACAGAAACUCGGAGCUGCUUCGGAUUCUGACGACAACGAAGACAAAGCCUAGUAGCUCUGAUGUGUGCAGCCACUCGGAAAAACUGGUGGGCAAUGGAGAAUACUUUGAUCUGGUUUGAUCCCUAGCUAUCUAACUCAUCUAUUCACUGCCUUAUGGAGAGUAAAGGCUUGUCCCAAGUUCAAGAACUUUUAUAGUGGUAUGACUAAAAGUCUUUCUAUCUCAGUUAAUCUUUGCUUAUAGGAACCUAUCAAGGGAUUCACCAUCUGCAAGAUGGCACUCACGCAAGGAGACUGUUAAUUACUUACUCUUUACAUGCCCUUUAUGCAAGAUUAACUUGAUCACUAUCACCUAUCCCAAUUCCUCCUAGAGGUGAACUGGCGUUCCCUAUUUGCAAACUUCUAUCAGCUGUGAUACUUCUCCCUGAAGGACUCUCCACCAGAGAAGCAGAUACACAACUUAUAUCCAUGGAUCUUAUGGAGGCUCUGUGAAUCAAAGAACACUUCCAUAAUAGAAGGUCACGACUAUUCAGCUAAGGAAACAGCAGAGAAGGCAUUAGAGUGGCGCUCACCGCUCACCUCGAACAGUAGAUGAAUGCAGAAGUAGAAGCAUUAUGUUUGGGCAGUUCUUCGUAUCGUUUCUGAUCCAAUGCUCAAAAUGUCUUACAAGCCGCAAGCUUGGCACUCUCCAACCAAACUAUUAAGACAUUGCAGUCUGAAGUGAGAAAUUUGAAAUAAUAACAGCCUCGAUCAAGUAAUGCCGUAGCUGAGUGAGUACCAAAUUUUUCUCUCUUUAUGCUCUUUGUUGCAAGGUUACACACUUUAGUACAAAAAUA